ACCUACGAUCCAAGGUCCGCACCCCACAUCCAGUGUCAUCCAACAAUCAAAUCUUAUUUAUUCCUAGUUAUUAGUAAUUUAAUCAAUUACCCUCGAUUAGCAAAUCGACCGGAAGUGCUACCGAUCUUCUCGAUUAUCCCGAGUCCAAAUUCCAAGUUUGGACUCGAAUUGGAUAAAAGCUCGAUCAAUCGACGAACUCGUUUGGUGUCUCUCCGAGAUCAAUUAGGGGUGAGAAUUGAUCGGUAAUUACCGUAACGUGAUAUUGUAAUUGAAGGGGGAUAAUGAGGUCCUCGGUGGUGGUACUGCUUGCAGCAGCUGUAGCUGUCACACAUGGUGCGUCGUCGGUCAGGGUGAAGCGUCAGGACGAGCCGAAGAAGGACGAGAGCUUUGAGAAUGAGAUAUGCAAGGACAAGGACGCUGGCGAGUGGUUUCGACUUGUAGCUGGUGAGGGUGACAACUGUCGUGAUGUCAUUCAGUGUACGAGCUCGGGACUUCAGGCAAUCAGGUGUCCAGCUGGAUUGUACUUUGACAUUGACAAGCAGACGUGCGACUGGAAGGCAGCUGUCAAUAACUGCAAGACAAAGAAUAAAGAGAGGAAGGCCAAGCCCAUGCUGUUUACAGAAGAGCCUCUAUGUUCGGAUGGUUCUUUAGCCUGUGGUGAUGGCACCUGCAUAGAGCGGGGACUCUUCUGCAACGGCGAAGCUGAUUGUCUGGAUGGUUCUGACGAGAAUGUCUGCGAUAUGGACAAUGAUCCCAAUCGGGCGCCACCCUGCGAUCCCUCGGUCUGCGUUCUGCCGGACUGCUUCUGCUCCGAGGAUGGCACCACCAUUCCCGGUGAUAUCCCCUACAAGGACGUCCCACAGAUGAUCACCAUCACCUUCGACGAUGCCAUCAACAACAACAAUAUCGGACUCUACAAGGAGAUUUUCAAUGGAAAGAGGAAGAAUCCCAAUGGCUGUGACAUCAAAGCGACUUUCUUCGUUUCCCACAAGUACACUAAUUACUCAGCUGUUCAGGAGAUGCACAGGAAGGGACACGAAAUUGCUGUUCAUUCCAUCUCGCACAACGAUGAUGAGAGAUUCUGGUCGAAUGCAACGGUCGAUGACUGGGCAAAGGAGAUGGCGGGUAUGAGGAUCAUCGCUGAGAAGUACGCUAAUUUGACUGACAACAGUGUUGUUGGAGUUCGUGCGCCAUACCUCAGGGUCGGUGGAAACAACCAGUUCACGAUGAUGGAGGAGCAAGCGUUCUUGUACGACUCAACCAUAACAGCUGCUCUGAACAAUCCACCGCUGUGGCCUUACACCAUGUACUUCAGGAUGCCCCACCGAUGCCACGGAAAUCUCCAGCACUGUCCAACCAGGUCUCACGCUGUCUGGGAGAUGGUGAUGAAUGAGCUAGACAGAAGAGAGGAUCCAGUUAACGACGAGUACCUGCCAGGGUGUGCCAUGGUUGACUCCUGCAGCAACAUCCUCACCGGUGAUCAAUUCUACAAUUUCCUUAAUCACAACUUCGACAGGCAUUACGAUCAAAAUCGUGCACCACUGGGUCUGUACUUCCACGCUGCCUGGCUGAAGAACAAUCCCGAGUUUCUGGAUGCCUUCCUCUUCUGGAUCGACGAGGUCCUCACCAAUCACAACGACGUGUACUUCGUCACGAUGACCCAGGUCAUUCAGUGGAUUCAAAAUCCAAGGACAUCAUCCGAAUCGAAGAACUUCGAGGCCUGGAGGGAGAAGUGCAGCGUUGAGGGACCACCAGCCUGUUGGGUACCCCACACCUGCAAAUUAACAGCCAAAGAAGUACCUGGUGAGACUCUCAAUCUCCAGACGUGCGUCAGGUGUCCCAACAAUUACCCAUGGCUCAAUGAUCCCACCGGCGAUGGCUUCUUCUAGGCUGUUGACCAUCAUUUUUUAUAUUUACAAUUGUGAACAGUUGAGUUGACUCACGAAAAUCACCAGUGCUCGAGAAUAAUUCCAGUCUGUAUCAUUUCUAUAGAUCUGUCUCUCUCUCUUCUUCUUUUAUUCUCUUUUUAAUAUCCUCGCGCACUUCGGGCUAACAUCGCAAGAGUUUAAUGAUUUCGAGAGUGAGAGUCGUAACUGUUUAUUACGUUUCUUUGCUCGUUGCACUCGACAAGGCGGACGAGACGGCGAGCAAAAUUCCACGUGUAAUAUAGACGCGAUUUUAUUUUCCCUACUGUUUUUUCCUCGUACUCCUUUACAUUCUCAAUGCCCUUUUCUAAUUCUACUCUCUUCGUUUCUCCAUAUUUUUAUUUUCACGCUCCAGCCUCUCAUCUUUCUCUCUUUCCUCGUUCCUUUAACUAGCAAUCCGCCAAAACUUCGUGCGAUUAAUAAUGCAUUCUCUGUCGAGAAUUCUUAAUAUCGCAAUAAAAUGUAUGAAUAUAUAUGGUACAUGAUUGUAUGUAUGUAUAUUUUGACGAAAAAAACUAAGUGAUAUUCUUAUUUGUUUCAACAUUAUGACUUUAAGAGGCGAAUUCUUUAAUAAAAAUGGUUGAAAAU